AUGGCGCGGGUCGUGCUGCUGGCGCCGGUGCUGCUGCUGCUGGUGCCGCCUCCGGCCGAGUGCGCGGCUUCGGCGGCGGGCGUCCCCGUGUGGCCCGUGAAACGCGCCGUGGUCGUCGAGGGCGACGUCAUGCUCGGCGGCCUCAUGAUGGUGCACGAGCGCGAGGACCGGCUCACGUGCGGACCCAUCAUGCCGCAGGGCGGCAUCCAGGCGCUGGAGUGCAUGCUCUUCACUCUGGACUGGGUGAACCGGCAAGGGUACCCGUUCUCGCUGGGGGCCUACGUGCUCGACGACUGUGACAAGGACACCUACGGGCUCGAGCAGGCCGUCGACUUCAUCAAGGGCUCGAUAGGCAACAUCGAUGACGGCACCUACCGCUGCCCGGAUGGCUCGAGCCCCGAUCGGAUCAAACAGACCGUCAUCUCGGGCGUGCUCGGUGCCGCCUCUUCGGUCACGUCCAUACAGGUGGCCAACCUGCUGCGGCUUUUCAAGAUACCACAGGUGAGCUUCUUUUCGACAAGCCCCGAGCUGAGCAACAAGAAGCGCUUCGAGUACUUUCUGCGCACGGUGCCUUCGGACGAGAGCCAAGUGCAAGCGAUGGUCGGCAUCGUGAAGCUGCUCAAAUGGACGUACGUGUCCAUCCUGUACGAGGAAUCCACCUACGGGAAUUCGGCAUUCGACGUGCUGGAACGAGAGCUGGGCAAAUACAACAUCUGCAUCGCCGUCAAGGAGAAAUUGACCAAGGACUCCGGCGUGGCUUCGGAAAUCACGUACGACGAAAUCAUCAAGAAGUUGACGAACAAGCCUCGGGCUCGAGGCGUCAUCAUCUUCGGCUCGGACCAGGAAGUGGCCGGCGUGAUGCGAGCCGUCAGCCGCAACAAUGCCACCGGCCAGUUCGCCUGGAUAGGCAGCGACGGCUGGAGCGCCAGGGAGCUCGUCUCCCACGGCAACGAGCCGCAAGUCGAAGGCACGCUAUCCGUGCAGCCGACGGCCGGAAAGGUCGAGGGGUUCGACGACUACUUCCGCGCGCUCACGCCUUACACCAACCGCAGAAACCCGUGGUUCAUCGAGUUCUGGGAGCACUUCUUCGGGUGCAAAUGGAACGGCAGCCUGGUGACGCCGUUCAACCAGCGCCACCGGCGGAGCUGCACGGGCGAGGAGCGCAUCAGCGACAACAAGGCGUACAAGUUGGAGGCGCAGCUGCAGUUCGUCAGCAACGCGGUGCUCGCCUUCGCGCACGCGCUUCGCAGGAUGCACGAGGAGAUAUGCGGCAACACGAGCGGCCUCUGCGACAGCAUGCGGCCCGUCAACGGCACAGACCUGCUCUCUUACCUAAAGAACGUCACAUUCCAAGGUCUGAGCAAGGACCACUUCCGCUUCUCCAGUAGCGGAGACGGCCCGGCGCGCUACAACAUCCUGCACUUCAAGCAAGUCGAGCCCGGCAAGUACCGCUGGGUGCGCGUUGGAACGUACGUGGACGGCACGCUGCACUUGCAGCUAGCCGAGCUGCAGUUUCGGCUGGGCUCGAGCGAGCUGCCGCGUUCGGUGUGCAGCGACCCAUGCCCACGCGGCUCAGCGCAGAAGAUGGUGGACAACGAGCAGUGCUGCUGGCACUGCGUCCGCUGCUCCGGCUACACGUUCGCCGCCGAGAACGGCGUGUGCGCCGACUGCGCGCCCGGCACGCUGCCCGACGUGCACCACGAGCGCUGCGUGCCGGUGCCGGAGUCGCACAUGAGUCCCUCGUCGCCGCUCGCCGUGGCCACGCUGGUGCUCGCGGCGGUCGGCACCGUCUUCACGGCGGCCACGCUGUUCGUGUUCCUCAAGCACAUCGACACGCCGGUAGUCCGCGCCUCCGGCCGCGAGCUCUGCUUCGUGCUGCUCGGCGGCAUCUGCAUGUGCCAGGGCACGGCGCUGCUGCUCGUGCAACGGCCCAGCACGGUGGUGUGCGGAGCGCAGCGCGCCGCGCUGGGCCUCUGCUUCGCGGUCGUGUACUCGGCCGUGCUUGCCAAGGCGGUGCGCAUCCACCGCAUCUUCCACGCGGGCCGCCGGUCGGCUCAGCGGCCCGGCUGCAUAUCGCCGCGAUCGCAGCUGGCACUCUGCGGCGCCCUGGUGUCGGUGCAGGGCCUGGUGGCAAUCCUGUGGCUGGCGCUUAACCCUCCGCGCGCCGUCCACCACCACCCGACGCGCGAGGACAACCUGCUCGUGUGCCUGGCGUCGGUGAACCUGAUCGGCUACACGCUGUCGCUCAUCUACCCCUUCAUGCUCGUCAUUGUGUGCACCGUCUACGCGGUGCUCACGCGCAAGAUCCCGGAGGCGUUCAACGAGUCCAAGUACAUCGGCUUCGCCAUGUACACCACGUGCGUCAUCUGGCUGGCCUUCCUGCCCAUUUACCUGACCACCUGGCGCCACGUGAAUCUGAACCUCACCAGCAUGGCGAUGGCCGUCUCGCUGAGCGGCACCGUCACCCUCAUCUGCUUCUUCUUCCCCAAGCUGUACAUCAUCGUGCUCCACCCGGAGAAGAAUGUGCGCCAGUCCAUGAUGGCCAAGUACGGCACGCUCAAGAACCGCGUCGAGUCGGCCACGCAGUCUGACGUUGACUACGAGAUGAGCGACAAGCAGCGGUCUGCCUGUUCGUUGGUCUCGACAAGUAGCCGAGCCAGCAUUGCUACGCAGACCGACGCUGACGAGAACAACUUUUACGACAUGGACGUCCAGCUUUGA